AUAAAUAGACUCUCAGUUUUCUACGUCAACAGAAUAUGAAUCGUCAACUCAGCAGAAGCUGAGAUGCCAAAGUACUUCUGUAUCAACUGCUCUCGUUGAAAUUCUUGAUUGAAGCGUCGAGCGGGUAGCCCAUGAUAUAAAUCAUCGUCUUUCCUUCGCUACUCGAUCAUUGCACUCUGCGUGUUCGAUAAAAUUACCCACUGAAAAUGGAUGCAAUGAGCAGUCACAAAAGGAGUAAAUCAAACAGCAAAAGAAGCAUAAGCAAGUUACCAGAUGGGAUUCUUCAACGCAUACUCUCUUUCCUCCCAACGAAAGAUGCUGUGAAAACAAGCCUUCUAUCCAGAAGAUGGGAGUAUCUCUGGACAUCCAUUCCCAAUCUCGAAUUUAAAGAAGACCGUCCUAGUGACAACUUUAUGCCCUUUGUGGAUCGAGCGAUUUCUCUUCAUAUCUCUGAUAUAAAAAAAUUUACUCUUGAAAGUUAUGAGGGUGGUGAUGAACCUUGCAUUAAAAGGUUGAUAGCUGCUGUAGUAAGACGUAAUGUUGAAGAGCUACACAUUGAUACAGAUGAACCUCAAGAACCUCUUCAAUUGCCUCAAUGCCUUUUUGUUUCUGCAUCGCUUACUAGAUUGGAUCUAUCCAUAUGUUGCACUCUCAAAUUUCCUCCUUCAAUUAGUCUCUCAAGUCUCAAACAUUUACGUUUUGAGUAUAUCACAUUUACCAACGAUGUCUCAACUCAACGGUUCUUUUCUGGCUGCCCGGCUCUUGAGACAAUUUGUUUUGACAAAUGCAACUGGACCAAUCUGUGUAGUGUGGGUCUUCGUGCUCCUAAGCUAUGGAAAUUGGAAAUUGGAAAUAAUGGAAGUUAUAAAUGAAGAGGGCUUUGAAGCAAUGGAUGGUUGUGAGGUCAUGAUUUUUGCACCUUCUCUCCAUUCUUUCGAUUAUAAUGGUGAAUUCUUAAAUGACUACUGCAUUUAUGAAUCGCCAACCUUAAAUGAGGCAAAUAUUUAUUUAAGAGAAUUGGUGAUUGAUGAUUUGCCGAGUAUAGUUUUCUAUCGUUUAUAUAAGCUUUUGAAGGGGAUCUCUAAUGUGAAACAACUAUCACUUUCAAGUAUCGAGGAACUAAAUUUUGAGGCAGAUCUUCUAUCAUAUAUGCCCUGCUUCAAUAAUUUGUCCACUCUGUCAUUCAAUGAGAGGAUCAUAGAACUCAACUGUGAAGCCCUAAUGAAGGUGCUUCAAUGCUCUCCGCGUCUUGAGAAUCUUUGUUUUAAGAUGGUAAAUCUGUUUAUUCUCUCU